CUCAAAGCUUGUGAGUAAUGCUGUUGCUGUUUUGGAAAAUUUGUUCAAGGUCCUAUAAUGGACACGUAAAGAAGCAAAAGAUAAAAAUUCUGCUUUCUAGGAAACUUUUCCUUUGAUUAUCAUAGCUCCAUUUAUCUCAGUGAAUUUGGCCAUUGACAUAAUAACAUCCAGGCUUCGUGAUAACUUUGAGGAAUUGUGAUUUGCGCCAUUCCUUGCAACCUAAAGAGGAAGCUAUUGAUGCACUUCAACAGUCAGUUUUGGGGAAAGAACAGGUGUUGAAUGGUCAUGCCAAAUCCUAUGGUCAAUGUGGUUAACUUUUUCUUGCAAGAUAUUGGAAGAAUUGCGAGGAUUACUGCAAGCUGCAAAAGAGAAAAGGCAAGCUUCAUUGGCUGAACUAUCAACUAAACAUCAGAAGAAUGUAGAGAGUUUGGAGGCACAACUGGCUGAUGGUUUGUCUCAUAGAACCAAGGCAACUGAAACAAUUUCUGCCCUACAGGUGCUAGUGGCAGAGAAAGAGACAAAGAUUGCUGACGUGGAUGCAGCUUCAUCUGGUGAAGCUGCACGACUAAGAGCUGUUAUAGAAACCACUAAAGGAGAACUUGCUCACUUGAAACAAGAGCACGAGAAGGAAAAGGACAGCUGCGAAGCUGCCUCACAGGCACUGAAAUCAAAACUGGAAGUUGCUGAGAGCAACUGCAUUCGAGUUGAAACAGAACUAGCUCAAAUGAGAAGUCAGCUGGUAUAAGAGACAUCCAUGCAAUCCCAGCUGCUAAGUACAAGAGACGCUGAUCUUGCCACUGCCAAAGAAGAGUAUAACUUUAACCAAUAUCCUUGAGGCUGAAAAAGUAGUGUUGUUGGAUUACAGGAGGCUUCUACCAAGUAAUAAUUAUAUUUUAUAUAUUUUUAUGUCCUAAUUUCUAAAAUUCUGCCCUGCUAUUUGUGUUAGAGAUGAAGCACUUGAUAGUAACAAGCAGCAGAUCAAGAGCCUAGAGAUGAAGCUUAAUUCUGCUAAUACGUGUCAUCAGUUAGAGAAAGAAUCAUGGGGAAUGGACCUUAAAAUUUUGGAAGAAGUGUGGCAACGUAGUAUAUCCUUGCUUUGCAAGUUAUUUUGUUCAUUUUGUCCCCCUUUCCAUUCCAGCAGAAAAUGUUCAUUGAGCUUUGAGUUAGGUUAUUCUUGGAAUUAUGAUGUGUCGGUCAGAUGUGAAUCACUGAAAGCUCAAAAUGAAGCAUCCUCUAGAGAAGAUGCACAAAAAGAAAUGGAGGAGCUAAAACUGCGGUAUAAACAACUAAAGAAUGAUGGAGGAGAAGGACAAAGAAAUUUCUAAACUUCUAGAGGAGAACAAGAAUCUUCAACGAUCUCUGGAACUGAGACCCCCAGUUUGUUUCCUUGCAUUCGUCUUUUACAUAUAACUUGCUGUUUAAAGAGGUUUUCCAUUUUAUCAUUCUUUGCUGACAAUGCAAUAAAUGUUUCAGACUGAUCAGAGAGAUCAGGUAUGAUUUCUAUUUUUAUGCUGCUGCCUAACUAAUAUUAUUCCAGUUUAGAAAGAAAAUCCUUAUUUUUCUUUAAUAUUAACAAUUUUCCAUUUUCACAACAUUGGACUCCUUACAUGUCUUUCCUUCAAACGUGUAUUAUCAGCUCUGCAGAGAAAAGAUGCUCCAAAUAGCACCUCUGCAGCAGAACAGCAGAUUCUGACAGCAGGCUCAGAGGGAGGAAGAGCUGGCCCAAUCACAGCGACAUAUUUUAGCACUUCAAGAGGAAAUUGAAGACCGUGAGCAUGAAAACCGUCUGCGCACUCAGCAGGUAUGAAGUCUGGAGUAACAUUAUUCUCAUUAUCUACAUACUGGACCUGGAUCACUCCUUGUGGAGCUGUCAUGGAAAGGGUAUUUGUCAAUUAUUUUAUGGAACUCUUUCACUUUUCUCAAGAUUUUCAUUUUCAUAGUUGUAUUGUGAGGGGAAGCUUUAAAUAUUCUUUUGUUAAAUGAGAUGACCUCUCACAGCUACUCCCCAGCUUCAACCAUCUUGCCUGCGUGCCUACAAUUGGCAAUUUGGCACCAUCACACUGUAGCAUUCUUUUUGUAUCACUAAAUCCAUCAAUUCUUUGAUUAUCAAUAUUGUAAAGAACAUAGGAGAUUCAAUGGUAUGCACUCAAGUAUCAGUAAAUCAAGGAGAUGAAAAUUU